CAAAUUUAAAGAUGAAAACUAGUGACAUAAGGGAAACCAGUGUAGAAAGAAAAGAUUUUUACAUUUGUUUUUAACUGAAGAGGAAAGAGACUUGGGCCACAUUCGAUAACUUUUCUCUUCAAAAAGGCAUUGACAGCACCUGCCAGGCACAGGUUGUCACAAGACAAAUAUUUGCAGUAAAUAAAAUGUUAUUGGCUUUCCUUAGAAGGUGCAUCAUCAGUUCUAUUUGCACUACUCAUUUUGAAGAGGCACUAAGGAGCUUUUCAAUUGGUUUAACAAUGCCCCCCCACCCCUCUUUACUACCCUUUUGUCCCAUUUUAUACACCAUACUUUGCAAGGCUCAGGGACAUGAAGCACCUCCAGCCACUAUGGAUUUGGCAAAUGCUACCAUAACAACAGAGACUACAAACUGCACUUUCGAUAGCAGCUAUCGGUUCAUUUUUCAUCAGAUAACCUAUAGCAUCAUCUUCAUUAUUGGUUUGGUGGGAAAUGGACUAGCAUUGUGCCGGUUCUGCAGAGAAAGAAAAAACAUCAGCAGCACUGCAGUGUACAUGGCUAAUCUGUCAGUGGCAGACCUCAUCUUUGUAGCCUCCUUGCCUCUGAGGAUAUACUACUACCAUCUAUCAAAUUUCAAGUCACCAGUUGGUUUCUACUGCUUUUUGACCUUCACUCUUAAGUACAUCAGUUUGUAUGGAGGGAUUUUUUUUCUGGUAUGUAUUGCAGCAGAUCGCUUAGUUGCAGUAGUACAUCCAACAGCAAAGCGUCUAAGGUGUCUCAGCACAGCAAGACUAAUUAGCACUGUGGUCUGGUGUCUCAUCUUAACUCUGAGCAUCUCAAUUCCCAUCUUACAUCGGAGAUCAACUAAGAACCACGACCCCUGUCUACUGGACCCUUCUUCACAGCAAAAUCAACGCUUCAUUCUGAUUGUGCUGUUUCUAGUAGAGAGUGCAUUUCUCCUGCCGUUAUUUCUUCUCCUUUUUAGUUAUUGUAGAAUAGUCCAAGCAUUGCGCAAGUCAUCCCCCCUGAUACUCCGCAAGUCCUGGGAAAAGAGAACCAUGAGAAUGAUUUACUCAGUUAUUGCUGUUUUCCUCCUCUGUUUUGGUCCAUACCAUCUGAACCUCUUUUUUUACACGCUUGGAAAAGUGGGACUUAUUCAGAACUGCAACGUUAGCAAACUAACUCGGGCACUGCAACCUGUAGUCCUGAGUCUGGCAAGCAUGAACUGCUGCCUUAAUCCUCUUAUCUAUUAUUUUUCUAGCAAAAUGUUUCGUAAGGAUGCUUAUUUGAACAGCAGCAGUCAGUAAAGACACUACAAGAUCUUUAGGUUAAAUCUCUAUACUUAACGCUUUGGGUGACUGUUUAGAUAUGCAUUUUAUUAUACAAAUAAAACUUGAAAAAAAUGAAAAAAGGAAUCACUGUGAGCUAAGGAACUGCAGCUUUUACACAAGAACUUAAA